GGCCAGCUAUAUGGCCCGGAUCGGACUCUCUCUUCAGGUAACUGGGUCAGCCCUGUUCCUUGUGCCGGGUGGGAGGGAAACGUCGGGUGGAAGAGCCGCUGACGCUUUCGCUUUCUCUGGGCUGCGCGGAGUCGGCCUCAUCGGCUUCGUUCGCGUGCCCGGCUCGGCACUUUUUUGACGGGGGAGAGGAGGUACCACACUCUCCUGCGGGCCGUCGAACUCGAGAGCGCAUGUGGCCCCUGCUGCGGCAAAACGUGAAAGCGAAAAGUUUGUUGUGCGGAAGAGAAAAGACGGUCGCUGUCUGUGACUGCAAGCUCCAUCCUUGAGAGCGCAUCGGAGAGCUGCUGCUGCCGCUGCUGCCGGAGCUGAUAACACUGGAAUAUGUGAGUGGUGGUACUGGUAAAGAAACCAGCUUUGUUUCGUCACGUUGGAGCAGCGGGAUCCGUGGGAAGUGGACGUUAGAAAAUCCAGGCCCUCCCCCUCCGCGCGUCCCCCUCGCCCCCGCUGCGGCGUGAGCGUGCCAUGAGCGCCAACGGCCACAAGCUGAGGAGCUUCGUGGAGGCCAACUUCUCCGGCGGCGUGGGCACCAGCCUGUGGAUGAACUCCUUCCGCAAGGACGGCAACGGUGGUGCGUCGGCGCCGGUCAGCAAGAGCCUGCUGACCAUGGAACAGCGCCAGCAGUACGAGGAGCAGGGCUACCUGGUGGUGCAGGGCCUCAUGCCGGCCGGACUGAUGGCGCAGGUCAGCCGGAUGGACAUCGCCCUGGAGCAGAGGCAGAAACUGGACGCCGAGGCACAGGAGAGGCUCGAGAGGACCAUGCGCGACCUCCUGUCCCAAUACAGGCGCACCUCGCAGGUUGUGGACUGGGUGGAACAGUUCUGCGGCGCCAAGGUCCUCUCCCUCGGCGCCAUGUACGUCAGCGUACCACCAGCAAGCGGCGCCGGGCAACUGGCGCUGCACCAGAAUGCCAACUUCCUGCCGUUCCCGGAAGAGGAGGAGCGCGUGGUGUCGGUGUGGACGGCCAUCGACUGCCCUGGCGUCAACUCCCUGUUCGCCGUGCCCGGCUCCCACAAGGGUCCCGCCCUGCAACACAGCGUCGAAGACGGCGUCAUAAUCGACCCCAUGUUCGAGGACGUCGGUGCUGUGGCCGUGGACGCGCGGCCCGGCGACGCGGUGUUCAUCCACCCGAGGCUCGUACACGGAACGGCUCCCAACCGAUCCAGCGCUCAUCGCAAGGAAAUGAUUUCGCACUACGCCCACUGCAACGUCCGGUAUAUUGACAAGCCAUCGUCCAACAAGGACUACUGGAAGGACAGCGCCUACAUUGUUCGCAGCGCCGACAGCCGUCUUUGAAGUGGAAGCGCGUGGAACUCACCGAGGAGCGCGCCGUAUCCGCUCUUUGAUCUGUAUCCCUGAACCAGGACGACUUCUCUGCGAUUGCGAAGCUUUGUGGAUUUCUUACGUAGUUCUGUGGCUACUUUCAAGUGGAUGACUUUUUUCUUUUUUCUUUUUCUUUUCGUCGAGUUGUAAUCACGGAGCAAUGUAAACUGGUUGACUGUCAUCGGUGCUAAUAUGAACCUACUGCUAGUAACCGGGCUCUCUAGCUUUUUUUUUUCUUGUUAUUAUUCUUGUUAUGAUUGUUAUUAGAUAGGCCUACUGUUAUUAGAUAGUCCUCAAUAUGCAAGAAAGGUGAGGUGUGCAGACAGGACACAAGAGAAGAGAAGUGAACAACACGAACGCCGUUAGUCCUAUUAUGUGACAUGAUAAGCGUAAAAGUGCAGCCACAUCACUCCCGAUGUUCAAACAUGCCACUGUCCAGACGCAAACGAAGUUCUUUUCGAGAGCAGGCAAUGGCGUGAUGCGUGGACGGUGAAGGCAGGCAUACGCAGAGACAGCACAUACGGUAGACGAAGACACUUUGGCAAAUGCCCAGCUAGGUUCUUCGCGCUGCCGCUUAGAAGAUGGGAAUUCGAUGUACUUGUAUUCAACGGCUGCAGCGUCACACUUCGAUACUGAGAGUGGCUGUUCUCUUGACUUACCUGCACAUGUGCAGGCCUGCUAUGCACUCAAGUACAUGAUGUAAUCUCACGUGCGAACAUACAUACAUACAUACAUACAUACAUACAUACAUACAUACAUACAUACAUACAUACAUACAUACAUACAUACAUACAUACAUACAUACACACACACACACACAUACAUACAUACAUACAUACAUACAUACAUACAUACAUACAUACAUACAUACAUACAUACAUACAUACAUACAUACAUACAUACAUACAUACAUACAUACAUACAUACAUACAUACAUACAUACAUACAUACACACGUGCGAGCUGUUACGGGGCGGUUUGUGAACCACGUGCCGGCUUUCCUAUGAAGUGGGUUAUACUUGUCGUUUAUUGUUGUGUUAGGCUAUGUUGCAACAAAGUUUGUUCUGUUGAUUUUGCCUGCCUGAUCAGGCUAUACCAGCACAUUAUUUUCACAAUAAAAUGAACUAAGAUACCUGGAA